CACCGUUCAGCCGCUCAGCAGCGUGGAUCUUGGAGAUUUUCAAAAUCGUGACAAAGUGGCUUUUAAUAGCCUUGUGAGAUUAAUGCAGGUAACCAGCCUGACUAAUAAAAAUGUCGCGGGGCCAUAAAUUGCUAUCCUGAAUCAGGCAAUGGCAGCCAAACAGACAGGCGAGCUUGGUUGUCACUCUAAGCUCUCCACCCGCUUUUGGCAGGCAAGCUCAACGGUAGCGAAUUUUUAACCACCAGACUUCCACGCGCUCUGUCAACAUUCCAUCACUCAGACUUGUUCCCUUCAACCACAUUAUUUGUGACAAACACAAUUGACAGUGUCAUUUAGAAUAAAAAGACAACUCAAGCAUCAUCCCACGACAAACCUAGAGGGCAAGGGAUGUCAUCCGCUGCGAAAGACCAGCCGGGUCGCAAGAAGAUUGUUCACCAUCUCGAUACACCCUUUACAACAUCACCAUGGCCAGUUGUAAGCCUCGAGGACCAACACAUUAUUCUUGAGCUGCUAUGCGAAUUACUCGGCCCAGUAGUGAAACACCGAAACCAAUUUUACAAGAACUCAAAAGGAAAGCGAAUCUCUCGUUACAUCGUCAGAGAGGGCAAGAAGAAUGAGGAGCUGCGUACGCGCCCUGCUAUCUAUGACCAGAUAGACAUAGGCUUCAACGUAAUCAACCGGAAAUUACAGGGAUUGGAUUUAGAAACGAACCGCAGGAACUUGGGUAAACCACCCAAGCUGCCGUAUUCCAUGAUAUUUGUGUCCCGCGGGGACCAAACGUCUGCCUUCAACAGCCACUAUCCGCAGCUAGUUGCCACGGCUGCAAAGAGGUGCAAAACAGACAAGGAUAUUCGGCUGGUCGGGUUUUCGCAGUCCGCCUCCCGAAAGAUUGCCGUCAGACUUGGUCUUGCUCGGGUAUCUGUUAUUGCUUUCCAUACAACGGCAUCAGACGCUGCCGCACUCUGGGAUAUGGUACAAAGCAAAGUUCCCCCGGUUAGCAGUCCUUGGUUGGACGAAAUUCGCGAUUUGGAAUACCGCCCAACAAAUAUCAAACAUGUUGAGACGGCUGUCGGGGCAAAGAAGACGAAGACGGCGCUUGACGUGAAAAAAUAGAUGGAUAUGCUUGAAGAGGCAUAGCUGAUGCACGCGCCAUAGUGUAUAAUACCAAUUAAUGAUAAUGAUAAGUACCCGUUAUAAGAAUUAAGUGGCUAAGCGUGUAAG